AUGCUAGCGACCUCUCAGUUGUCAAGCAUUUGCGUUCUUUCCUGCUUUUUCGGUGUCUGCAGAGCUCUACUCGGAUCUCCAGAUGGGGUUCUGGUUGCUCACUCUACAAACUUGAUCAAUUUUACUGUUCAUGACGUUCAUUUACGAUAUAAAACGUUUGCCUGGCCUUCGACCGAAAGAAGAACAUUCGGAGAAGUUCGUGGUCUGGACUGUGAGAAAAACAAAGACUUGGUUUGCUGGGUCGACAAGAAGAUCAACGUAAUAAGAUGCUCUGGUACAAAACCGACCAAAGACUGUUUCAACGACAAAGCUCUAACACUUACGACCGUUGUUAUGGUAGCAAACAAGGGCAAGCCUGAAGGUGUUGCUCUUGAUCCGUGCAACAUGCUUCUCUACUGGACCGAUCCAACGCAUUCAACCAUUAGCGUAGCUAAACUGCAACGCGACGAAUACGGCGCCGUCAAACCGGUGAUGUCGACGGUUCUUCUCACGGCAGAGGACGGGCUAAAAUGGCCGUUUGCCAUUGCAGUAGACUCCUGUGCUGGAUAUUUGUUCUUUACGGAUGUGGGAGUGGGAGUACAGAAAUUAGUUCGAGCUGAAACGGACGGAUCAAACUUGAAAAUUUUGAAAACCAAAUUGUUAGACAAAUCUGGGUUAUUGUACCGAAAACUAAAAUUUCCGACCGCCUUGGCUCUGGAUCGAAGCAGCAGGACGGUUUACUUGGGUGACGGUGGACUGUCCGGGAUAUUCAAGAUGGACUAUGAUGGCAGCAAAGUAAAAAGAGUUGCUACGGUUGGAUCGAUAUACGACAUGGCUUUGCAAUGCAACAAACAAAACUUGGUUUACAGCUCAACUUUAGCACCGCAUCCUGUUUUCUUAAACCUGCGCAUGCGCAAUCCCAUAUCUCAAAGGCUGCACCUAAGAAACAUCGGAUCGAAGCUAUACUACGGUGCUUGUUCGUAUUGCGACGACUGCACAUGCAAGAGUCGCAAUCUUUGCUCUAACGACAAUGGCGGUUGCAGUCACUUUUGCUUCUCUAAACAAAAUUCAAGUAGAGUGUGCGGUUGCCCUGCAGGAUACAAACUGCCAGAGAUAGGAGCCCAGAAUUGUAUCGUCGAGUCUGCGCAGUUGCUGGUGAGCAACACGACCAAGGUAGUUUCACUGCUAACCGACGGCAACGGCAGUGUUCAAUCGAGACCUACUUCGUUAUCGUUUUCUCCCCUAACUCGAAUGGUUGCCAUCGAUUAUGUUGCCAAUGGCGGACAUCAUUACAUUGCAUAUACUGACCAAUCGGCUGUCAAACGUACAGCUCUAGAUGGCAGCAAAGACAUAACCAUUACAAAUGGAUUAGGAGAUCCUAAAGGCAUCGCCACUGAUUGCGUCACCGGAAACAUCUACUAUACAGACAUGCAAAAGCCUGUAAUAGCUGUAUCCAGCCUCGAUGGAAAAAGUUGGAAAAUCUGUUUGAAAUCUCCCAGAGUGAUCAAGCCGUUUUCUUUAGCUCUGAAUACAAGACAAGGGUUACUCUAUUUCUCUGAUGUUGGACAGUCUGCAAUCUAUAGUUACUCUAUGGAUUGCACCGGUAAUACAAGCCGUAUUGCCAAUGUUCGCACGGCAUCGGGCUUGGCUUUUGACGAAAACGCGCAAGUACUCUAUUGGACCGAGCUACAGCUGAAACAGAUUAAACUCUACAACAUCCUGAGCGGAGACGUAAAAGAGUUAGCCAUUAGUGACGUCAGCUCGUACUUGAGCAAUCCCUUUGGGCUAACCGUCUUUGGCAACUACUUGUUCUUCACAGAUUGGACUAGUGGUUGCAUCGGUCGCAUACCCAAGGAGGGAGGCGAGAUCAGUGCGGUAUCGUGCAGCAUUAAUGCGAAUCUAAACGGAAUCACUCACAUUCGUUCCCAAUGUCAUCGUCCUCAAGGUUCCUGUGGACAAUGCAAACAUCCACGGUUUUGUAUGCUAUCAUCUGAAGAAGAAGGCUCGUUUAGUUGUGUCUGUCCCAGCGGCUUUGUCACCACUGAGUCUGGUUGUCGACUUCCUCAAGAGGACUUCAUUCUUGUCUCAUCGCGCCAUUCAAUCAUGGCAAUGUCUCUACAGGGAGCUUCUUCAUGGAUUGCUAGGCUUCCUUUGCCUCCACAGAUGAACGUUAUCGCUCUUGAUUACGACUACGAACGGGGAAGGAUAUUUUGGACCGACGUGUCGAUGAAGAAGAUUUACUCAGCAAGCCUAGACGGUACGGACGUUAAAGUAUUGUUAGCUCAUGAUGUCAACAGGAACGAAUGUCGACUGUGUCACUCCGAUGGACUUGCAUACGACUCCUCCACUGGAUUGUUGUACUACACCGAUUAUGCUUCCGGCGAGAUAUGUGUUAUCGACGUCAAAAGUGAUGAGAGAAAAACUCCAAAACGUGUGAUGAGCGGUCUUUACUCGCCUAGAGCUAUUGCCAUUGACCUAGGAAGAAAGAUAUAUUUCUCGGAAUGGGGCAAGAUCCCUCGGAUUUCUUCGAUUGACAUUUCACGUGAGCGUGAAUACGACAACUCUCUUGAAGUUCUGAUCUCAUCUAAUGUGACGUGGCCAAACGCUCUGACUCUCAGUCGAGACAGAAAAACGCUUUACUUCGGAGACGCUUAUCACAAUUAUAUGGCGUCCUACGACUUGGAAUCGAGAAGGGUCGUCAGGCUAGUUAUCACGCCUCAUAUCUUCGCGAUUGAUGAACAUACGGGGAGGCAAAACCAAAAGUAUAUUUACUGGUCGGACUGGAGGGUGGGAGUCUUGAAGCAUCCUUUGGGUGAAAAGUCUAUUGUUCAUUUGGCAUCAGGCAGUGACGUCUACCGAGCAGCAGGCAUCAAAGUAUUUUCUAAGCGUUGAACAAAUAUUGUACGUUUUAUACAAACUCUGGAUUUUGGGCAUACGCUCGAGACGGAAGAAGUCAGUUGUGUUAUUACAGUUAGGUCAUAGAGUUGUUUGUAGUGU